GCCGGCCGCCUGACGUCACAGCUUAGGCGCUGCACGCAACCCGCGCGACAUUGUGCACCCGUCAAGUACGCCGGGGAGUUACGGCUAAGCGUCUCGUAGACACGCUCAGGAACCACGCACAAGCUCAGUGGGGCAAUACUGGUGCACGAAAUCGACUGGCGCAGUUCUGGUACAAAGCAAAAUUCACGCAUGCGCCCUAAAUGAUUCUCAAAAACUACGGAAAUUCUAAGUCGGAAUUGUUUGACAUAGACAAUGGCAGAGUUCCCACCAUUCCGUCUCCUUGCUCGGCUUCCCUAAUUAUCUGCCCUGCCCACUGAGCUUUAUGGUGCAGUGUCUAAGAUCGUCUAUUUCUAGAAGUCACAGAGACGAAACAGGGUAAGAGGAGCACUAUCCAGUAAACCAUAGGGUAAUUCUUUAAUUAGAACCGCAGGUGGUAUGUUACCACUUGAAUUACAUUGAUAGAACGCAGUUUGCAUGUUGCUCGGAGGGCAUCUAUUAAUUUCUCCUCAAUUUUGGGCAAAGGCAAUGCCAAUUAAAUUUUUGUGACGGAUCGAAUGUUAAACUUACAGCUCUGAGGGCGCCAAGUACGGUACCUUUUCGAUCUGUUUUUAACCAUUUUAAUAUGUUAGGAUAUUUAGCCUCCUCCGUCCACAACGAAGGGUUUGGUCGUUACAGACCAACAGAUUGAUGAGAAACUGUAAUCCACAUGCCUUCGUUCCUACCCAUGUCCUGCUCAGCUUCAUGCAUAAGAUAUUGAAGAAAUAUACAUAAUUGCCGGUACAACAAGGAUAUUCGUCAUAAUGGAACUCGCAUCCUGCCCGAUCAGAUAGUAGUACUGAUCCAGUAUGUCCCAAAAUGUUCAAAACGUGUCACUCAUAUUGUCCAGUAGCAAACGUCUCAACCAUUUAUCGUGAAAUCUAUUUCCUCAUUCGCGCGAAGCUUCCGUUCCUCCAAUCCCCUCUCCCCACUGCCAUAAGCUCAUUUCUUCAACACGCUCUUGCUGAUCACUUCGGCUGACAAGUCCCACAUAAAAAUUGCGGCCCAACUUUGCACAGCAAAUUAGACUACAGUUUGUGGAUGCGUUGUAUAAAUCAGAACUAUACUUUCUUAAUUCUGUCAGCAGUCUGGACUUAAGAGUUUCACAAGACUAUGAAAUUCAAAAUAGAGCUAAGGCUGAUUCCAUUUCUGUUUUUGUUAAACAUGUGGUACCAAAGAUUUAUAAGAGACGAAAGAUUCGUUACGACCAGUUGUCUGCAGCAGAAAUUUAAUAUCGCAUGACUGAUGGAUACAAGCUUUUGGAUCGGAACUAUGUUAGUAAUUUGACAUCGGCAAUCAUCUGAUAAGCAAGAGGCUUUUUCCAUUGGCAUCAAUAGCGUCUACAUUACUCCAUGAAGUACGAACAAGUGUCCGUCGGUAAUAAUUCAGAUCUUUGGAUUUGGUUGACAGACGUUACGUAUGAGGUAGUCGAGCAAAUUCGUAACGUUGAAAUGGAGUAAAAUUCACAGCCUUCCCAAAGCCAUCCUCAUUUGAUUGUCGUGGCUUGUCACUCUAAGCGAAUUAGCGAGUAAAAUAAAUUCAUUGAGUAUGCGGAUUAUGGAUACUUUGUUAGCAAAACCUUCUAGAUCACUCAAUAUAUUACUUUAUUGCUUCUUUUCGCCUUCUACCAUUAUCAGAGCUAAAUUUGCAACUUAUAAAACGACGUUCAGAGUAUUUAUCAAUAAAAACUGUUAACAAAGUUUGGAUGCCCCCUUCGGCAGUUUGAUACUGGCACGGAAGGUUGUUCUAUAAGUAGCCCGUUUUAAUCUGACGAACGCUGCAGCCAAAAAGACGUAAUAAAUAAAAUACGUGGAGUAAUCCAGACGGUUUUGUUCAUAAAGAAUGUCAAUACAGUUAAAAGUUUGUAAGGUCACAGCAACGUACGGUACACCUCCUCCUCCCCUCCCCCCUCGUCCCCUCCAGUGCAGCGUAGCGAUUCUACUAAUGGCAACCAUUUAAGUCCCUAGGGAAGACUAUACGUAAUAUCUUCAGACCUUCGAAGCUUUUGCACAUUCGAAUUUUAUUUUGAGAGGAUCGGACACGUGCGGCAGUAGUUCAGCGGCGUAACUGCCCCAGUACUUCACGUGUUCAGGGAACCGCGACCAGUCACUUGCGAACGCGCUAGUCUCUAGGCGUGCCCUGUGAAUCACGCUGUAACCUGUCCAGUGCCCUCUGCUCGUGCCGAGAGUCGAACGGCGUCCUGCGCCUCAUUGGCUGGUCUUCCGCCUAUGGCGGGUGGCCGCUUUCAUUGAUUCCACUCCUGCCGCUGUUCACCCCUUUGCUGGGAUUCCAGUGCCGCCUUCCGUCGUGCCGCUGAACUGCAUCUGGGCGCGUCCGGUCCCCGUUUCCAGCAACUCUCUCUCAUUCGGGGACCAAGAGUGCCGCAGGAAGGCGCUCGAGACAGCGUUAAUUGGCUGUUUGCGCAGCGCGUCUGCGCUAUUGUCGCUGGCGAGGAGACACUCCGCGUAUCACGCGUUCCACGUGAAUUAAGAGAGAUAAAAGGGCCGUCGAGGGCACUCUGUUGCUGUGCCGCUCUUCUGUUUACUCCGGGAAGUCCAACCAAACGGCAAGCGAGCUUAGAACCCGCACUGAAUGGUCUCCACAGUAAUCAAUCAUAGAAGUCCGAAAAAAAAAAAAAAAACCAUAUAGGGCAGUGAGGGGCCUAUAACACACGUCAUUCUAGAUCGAUUAGCUUUCUCUACUCAAACUAAAAACUCGCCACAUUGCUCGUAAACAGCCGAAAAUUGUUUUCUAGACGCCUUAUUUUUUACUCAAAUGAGUCUUCGUCAAUGAACCGAGGUCAUGAAACGCACACACAUCUAGUGCGUAUUAAAAGAAAAGAGCCUCACAAAUUGAACGCAAGAACUGCAAAAGGGAAAAAUGCGUCAUUUGCUAAAUCUUAAUAAUGCAAAAGCAAAGGGAAAAUUGCGAUUCUAGGCCUUUGUCAUCAGUCGUCUGACUGGUUUGAUGCGGGCCACCACGAAAUUGUGCCAAAUUUCUGAUCUCAGAGUAAUUUUGAAAACUACGUCCUCAAAUUUCCUGGAUGUAUUCCAAACUCUGACUUCCUCUACAGCACCCUCCAGUUCAAUGGAAGCUAUCCACUGAUGUCUGUUCUAUCAUCCUGUGCCUUCUUGUGUUUUCCGUAUAUUUCUUGCCUUCCACCUAAUUUUAAACCUCCUUAUGUAGCAUCAUAUCCCAAAUGAUUCUAUUCUCUUCCGUUCCGGUUUCCUCAGUCCAUGUCUCACUACCACAAAAUGCUGUGCUCGAAACUUACGUUCUUACAAAUUUCGGCCCCAAAUUAAGGCUUGUGUCUGAUACUGAUAGACCUCUCUUGACCAGGAAUGUCCUUUUUCCUAGUGUUGGUCUGCGCUUUGUCCUCGUUGCUUCGUCCAUCAUGAGUUAUCUUGCUGCCUAGGUAGCAGAAUUCUUUAAUUUCCUCUACUUCGUGAUCACCAAUUAAGUUUCUCGCUAUUCUCGUUUCUGCUACUUCUCAUCCUUCUUGGAUUAUAAGAAAGAAUAUCCUGCCUUUGCCUUAAGGAAAGUAAUUGACAACUCACACCAGGACAAUUGGAUCAUGGAAAAAACAUGUCCACUUUGUCCAUAGAUUCUAACUUCUAAUUAACUUUUGAACUUUUUAUUGUAAAACAAAGCAAACGGAUCGGAGCGGCUCAUCUCUGAACAAUAUAGUCUACUAAGUGUUUAAUUUCCACGAUUACAAUUACUGUGAACAGAAAUUUUGAGAUUCUUUCAAAAAUUUCUUUUUAUUGCUUUUCGUCCCUAUAACAUUCCUACUCUAAACAAUCAUUUUAAAUGCUCGAAGUUGUCUGAAACAGCUGAAACGGUUCUGAGCACUAUACUAUGUGCGAAAAGAAAUCUCUACACCUGACUCAAAAACAAUUUGUACACGAUCUUUUCUAUAGGAGGGACGGGGAGACUUGUCUUAACUUUGAGUAGUUCAAAAUGUGUCCACCUGGGCCCUGUUUCCUAGGGCAGUGUUUCCCAAACUAUGGGAACUGGAGUCCGCGGAAAGUAAAAACAUGCUCUGCGAAAACCUUAAUAAAGCGGCUUUUCCAAACUUUUCUUAUUUUUAUAUUCUAUUAUGACUUCUAUGUUACGAAUUAAACUAUUGUACUCAACAAACAAGUUUUUCUAUUUUUUAUUCAUUUUAUUAACCUUCAAAAUAAACUUGGGUGUUUCAUCAAAGUACCAGGAUUCUCAGUGUUCCGCCAGACAAAUUUGGGAAGCCUCGCCAUAGAGAAAUAUAGAAUGUGUAAAUCAGUGUGAAUGCAAUUAAAUAGGAAAAAAUUGCCUAAUCAGCAAAAUGUUGUUUAUUUGAUAUUGACAUAUUACGUCAAGCACCAACCAAAAAUUAACAGUGAAAUUGAUUUCAAUAUCUCUGAAUGAUAAACUUCAAAUUCGUAUUGUAUAAUAAACCCUCUCUAUUGCAUAGUCAUUGUAAACGCUCUUAAUUACGUGAUCCGCCUUUACAGGACAUUUAAAUAGCGCACACUACUCGAAAUGAGCAAACUGCCGAGCAGCCCAUAAAAAAAUUACUUUGUGACAUUCCAUUAUGCAUCGACAUAAGUUGCAUCUGAGUUUUGUCAAUGGUUGAGAUUAAUUUGCCACAUCUCUGGGAAUGUGCUUCUGUUCGUAGAUACUAAUAAAGUUGGACAAGGCACACGAAUGUUGAAUUACAUUCCAAUGUUUUACUAAUAAAUGGAAAAUUUUCCCUAAAAUAUAGUUGGAGAAAAGGUAAGAGGACGGACAAACUCCCCACGGUGCUAGCAGGUGGCAACAAGCUAGGGUCUCACCACGUGAGCGGUGCAAUUGAGCAGACGCGACCUCUAAAAUGAAAUGCCGGCUUUCUUCUCAGUUCCCCACUCGGUGAGCAGCUCUUCCCCGCCGCGAGUCGAUAUCUCGAUGUGGACGUGAUAAGUGAUAAGGAGGCGUGGUGUGGCGGUCUGCGAUUGGUCGAGCUGCUAUCGAUCGGGCGCGCCGGGGGACGAGGCACCCCCUCCGACAACGCCGUCGCGCCGCGCCUACCCGGCCAGGGUCAUUGUGCUAUGGGCCGGCGGGCGGUGGUGAUGUGAGUGAGGGAGCAUAGUCCCCUAGACUAGUAGUUUGUAGUGCCACUUUAGCUCGUUUCUUACACACUUCGACUUUUUAUACGACACGGAAUCAUUUGUACGAUAGAAACCUUUUUUUAGUAAAAUAAAAAGGGGAGACUACUUUUUUCUUGCCCGAACGCGUGCGUGAAAUUUCGGAAAUGGGUGGCUGUGCGUCGAAAGAUAAAAAGACUGAAGCAGCGGCGUCCGGUGCAGCGACGGCAGCGGCGUCUGCGGACUCUGGCGACGCUGGGGGCAGCAAGAACGCGUCGAAGGCGACGACGCCGGCCGACGCCGCUCCCAGCGACGUGAAGGGCGGCGCCGCCCCGGACAACGAAAGUGGGAGCAACAUGGUUGAUGCUGCAGUACUGGAGAAACUGGAGGCUGGCUUCAAGAAGCUGGAAGCCUCAGACAGCAAGUCUCUGCUGAAAAAGUACCUGACGAGGGAAGUGUUUGACAAGCUCAAAACCAAGAAGACUCCCUCCUUCGGUUCUACACUGCUAGACUGCAUUCAGUCUGGUCUCGAGAAUCAUGACUCUGGUGUUGGUAUCUAUGCUCCUGAUGCAGAGGCAUACACCGUUUUUGCUGACCUGUUUGACCCCAUCAUUGAGGACUACCAUGGUGGCUUCAAGAAGACUGAUAAGCACCCACCGAAGAACUUCGGUGAUGUCGACACGUUGGCCAACCUGGACCCCAACGGUGAAUAUGUCAUUUCCACCCGUGUCCGCUGUGGUCGCUCCAUGCAGGGCUACCCAUUUAACCCUUGCUUGACAGAGGCACAGUACAAAGAAAUGGAGCAGAAAGUUUCCACCACACUGUCUAGUUUGGAGGGUGAGCUCAAGGGUCAGUUCUACCCUCUGACUGGCAUGAGCAAGGAAGUGCAACAGAAGCUCAUUGAUGACCAUUUCCUGUUCAAGGAGGGUGACAGGUUCCUGCAGGCUGCCAAUGCAUGCAGAUUUUGGCCCAGUGGGCGUGGUAUUUACCACAAUGACAACAAGACCUUCUUGGUUUGGUGCAAUGAGGAAGAUCACCUCCGAAUCAUCUCUAUGCAGCCUGGUGGCGAUUUGGGACAGGUUUACCGUCGUCUUGUACAUGCUGUGAAUGAAAUUGAGAAGCGCAUUCCUUUCUCACAUGAUGACCGUCUGGGUUUCCUCACAUUCUGCCCCACCAACCUGGGAACAACGCUUCGUGCCUCUGUCCACAUAAAGCUGCCAAAACUUGCAGCUGACAGGUCAAAGCUGGAAGAAGUUGCUGGAAAAUUUAACCUCCAGGUCCGUGGAACACGUGGUGAGCACACAGAGGCUGAGGGUGGCGUGUAUGACAUUUCUAACAAGAGGCGCAUGGGUCUGACAGAGUAUGAUGCUGUGAAGGAAAUGAAUGAUGGCAUCCUGGAGCUCAUUAAGAUUGAAGGCUCUCUGUAAACAUUUGUGGACCAACUAAUCGCUACAGAAAAAUAUUUUACAUCCACUCUGCUUCCCAUGUACCCAUACUAAAGGACGUGUCUACAGCUCAGUGCUGUUUGUCAGUACGUUUACAUUUCCUUAAUCUUAAGAAAUCAAUCUUCCCAUACUUCAUACAAUCAUAAGACUGGUAUGGGAAGUAGAAAUGUUGGUCAUCAGUAUUUUGUAAAUUGUUGUAUGGUAUUAUAAUUUAUAAUUGCUGCUGUUAGAAAUGAUUUUCCUGUAUAAUGCUGUAUUGAUGAUUUAGUUAAGAUACUCAUGCUGUAUUCUCAUUUGCAAGUUUGUCUGCAAAUAAUGAACGCACACAUUGGAAAUAAACACUACAGUGAUGAUACUAUUAAAUAUAUCUCAUUUAACAGCAAUAACAGUGGUUUGUCACAGUUCUGAGUCUUUGAGUUGUAAAAAUACACAUAGAAAGGCUUUAGAUAAGCUGUUGCUUAUGCCUUAUAGUAAAAGGGAGUAAGAGGUUGAAGGAUGUUUAACCACAGUAAAAACAUAUUAGCUGUAACAGCAGUUUUGAAUAAAUAGAUUAUAGUUCACUAGGGGUGAAAUUCAUCCUUUACUGUAAAGUGUUUCUGCUCCCUCUUGGCUCAUGUAAUGUGUUCACCACAUGAUAUAUUUUAGCCACUAAGGGCUUGUUUGAAAAUUUCAGCUGAGUGUAAUGCUUCUAGUCCUUAUGAAAGUAAUAUAUUUUUGCCAUUCAUUAAACAAACCAAAAGCUGUAAUGAAAGACAUGUUUGCACAAAAAUUACCAUUCCCAAAACAAAACAGCUGGUGCAAUUCCACUGUUCAGUGAACAAAUAUGAAUAAAGUCGUUGCUACAAAACA